UGAUAGUUUGUCCUUUCAGAUUGACAUUAAAAUCAGAAUAUGCUUGCUCUGUCAAUGGAAGACAUUCUUCUCUUAGUAAGCAAAUACUAUGAUAUUAUUUUGGCUUCAAUACUUGUCAUAAGUGUUACUGCAAUUUAUUUAAUACCAAAGGUAUCAACAAGAGCUAAAGAUUCAAAAAGUUGUGUACCAGGGAAUCUGGGAAUACCUUUUGUGGGCGAGACAUUUGCACUUCUAUCAGCAACUAACAGUGUCAAAGGUUGCUAUGACUUUGUUAGACUCCGGCGCGAGCGGCAUGGAAGAUGGUUCAAAACCAGGAUCUUCGGAAAGAUACAUGUGUUUGUUCCAAGUGUUGAGGGUGCAAAAACAAUUUUUACCAAUGAUUUUGCUCUUUUCAACAAGGGCUACGUGAAGUCGAUGGCAGAUGCUGUGGGAAAGAAAAGUUUGUUAUGUGUUCCUCAAGAAAGUCACAAAAGGAUUAGGCGUCUCCUGUCUGAUCCUUUCUCUAUGAAUUCAUUGUCAAAGUUUGUCGAGAGAUUUGAUAACAUGCUAUGUGAAAGAUUGAAGAAAGUACAAAUGGAAGAGAAGAGCUUCACUGUGCUUGACUUCAACAUGAAGGUAACCUUUGAUGCAAUGUGCGAUAUGCUAAUGAGCAUCAAAGAUGCGUCCUUGCUAGAACAAAUUGAAAGAGAUUGUACUGUUGUUUCUGAUGCCAUGUUGUCCUUUCCAGUCAUGAUUCCAGGAACUAGAUAUUAUAAAGGCAUCAAGGCACGUAGGAGGCUAAUGGAGACCUUUAAGAAAAUGAUAACAGCUCGGCGCAGUGGGAAGGACUAUCAUGAAGACUUCCUGCAGUCCAUGUUGGAAAAGGAUUCAUGUCCAGCCGACCAAAAGCUUGAUGAUGAAGAGAUCAUGGAUAAUUUGUUAACAAUGAUAAUUGCAGGGCAAACAACAACUGCAGCUGCAAUGAUGUGGAGUGUCAAGUUUUUAGAUGAGCACAGAGAAGCCCAAAACAGGCUCAGAGAAGAACAACUUUCAGUACUCAGAAGCAAGCCUAAUGGGGCCUUACUUGCCUUGGAUGAUCUCAAUAGCAUGUCCUAUGCAUCAAAGGUUGUGAAAGAGACACUGAGGAUGUCGAAUGUCCUGCUAUGGUUCCCUCGAGUUGCACUUAACGACUGCAGUAUUGAAGGUUUUGAAAUAAAGAAAGGGUGGCAUGCCAACAUAGACGCUACAUGCAUACACUAUGAUCCAACAAUAUACAAACACCCUAUGCGGUUCAACCCUUCAAGAUUUGAUGAAAUGCAAAAGCCAUAUAGCUAUAUUCCUUUUGGAUCAGGACCACGAACUUGCUUGGGAAUUAACAUGGCAAAAGUGACCAUGUUGGUAUUUUUGUACAGAUUGACAAGUGGAUACAAGUGGACAGUUGACGAUCUAGAUUGCAGCCUGGAAAGAAAAGCCCAUAUCCCCAGAUUAAGAAGUGGGUGUCCAAUAACUUUGACAGCCUUGCAUGAUGAACAGCAAACUUCUCCAAAUGGGCCCAUUAAGAAGAUGCAUAAGAAGUUCCUAAUGUAGCUACAAAAUUUUAUGGAGGCAUAGUAACUGCUAGGAUAAUAUCAUCCACCUCUUUCCUGCUCUUGCCAAUUGAUAAUUCAUAUGUAUGAAUAAUUUACAAAAUCUUCUUCUUUUA